CUUUACUGCCGGAAGUCAGGACUCCUUUGUCGACCACCGUUACGAACAUAAACCCAGUCCAGACUGCAACGGCAAGGAGCAUUCCGCUGGAAGACUAUACUUGCUCAGCGCUCAGCAGUGGAGGUUCGGCGUCGGAGGCUUGGACGACGUUCGUUACGGUGUGCGAAGCUAUUGCUGUCUAAGAGCCAAUGUCGCGAUCUCUCUUCCGCACAGGCGGGUUCCGAAGGCUGGACAGUUUGCCCACAGAGAUACUGGUAGAGAUUCUCAGCCUCUUGGACGCGCCGGAGAUCGCGACUUGUCGUCUUUUAUGCAGGAGGUUUGAUGACAUCGUCUGUAGCAACGCACGGCUGCAGUAUCCGAUUCACCUCGAACUUGCCAACUGUGUCGAUGACCACCCGGACCACCCAUCACCAGUAGGAGUCCGGCUGAAGCGAUUAUUGGCACGACAAGAGGCGUGGAAGGCACAGGACUUCCGCAAGAAGCGACAAUUAUCCUCGUCCACGGUCUCCCAUACACCGUCGGCCUCUGCAUAUCGUAGUGGGGUACUCGUGUUCGGAGUGUUAAACCAUACCCUUCUCCAUCCCGCAAUUCAACCUCAGGUGGCCGAUAUCCUGGGCUUGAUGUAUAUCAAUGAACUGCAUGUGCUCUUCCUGCACGGUGCUGGACAUGACCUCGACCACCGUCGACAUAGCAUUGUCGACCCUGGUGGCUUCAGUGACUUCGAGCUCGAACCCUCGCAGGACCUCCUGGUACUCUGGGACAGCUAUUCACCGGCGCCAGAUGGUCUACGUCUCCGCUUCCUCUCCCUUCACGAGGGGACUAGACAUAAACGAGCGAAGACCUACGAUAUGGUCAUACCAGCAACACACUUCUAUCCUGUUGGAGGUCGUCCUGAGGAUCUAUGGAUCUUCGACAUGAACUCUAUCCAAUUAAAUGGGGAGCUCGUGAGCAUUUAUGCGGUCGAAGGCCAUCGCAUUCUCGUACUCAACUGGGUGACUGGUUAUAGCUGGUCGGUCCCAGGCUCUUCUUGCUGCACGCUUUCAAAGGACUGUCUGAUCGUCGCCAAUUGCCGUUGCAACCCUCCUCACUUCGACGUAUACCGCAUCACUUACUCUGUCGAGCCACCGACGAUCAGCCAUGUGCGCAGAACCAAUCUCCCGCGGGUACAGGAAGGGGUCAUGCGUAGCAUUGACUGCAAACCCUCCCCGUCCUCCCAUGCCUCAACGUCAGCGGUCUCCUCGGAGAAACGUGCCGUCCCGUUCUCGACAGCCCCUGACUCUGCGAUGGUAGUCUUCAACUUCCGACUGCGCGUCCCAGACACGUCGCUGGCCGAACCGGACAAACAGCUCGCGCUGCUGUGUUAUACUCCUGAGAUCCUGUCCGCGGUCCGCAGCCAUGUCCCGAAGACACCGGAACGACGACUGGGUAUCAAGGUAGUCGAAUGGGAGCGCUGGGGUCCGAACUCAUCGUUUUUCCUCGGAGACGUGACCAACGACGACAAUGUGUGGUCUUACGCGCUCUAUGGCUACCGCUUGAUGCUCAACGGGACCAUAUACGACUUCAACCCGCACACCGUCAAGUCCGCGACAACAAUGGCGGAGGGACGGGAGGGUGACGGCCCGGGGAGUAUGCACAUAUGUAAGGGCACUUCCUUCGAGGAUGCGAGAUGGUUCGUAGAGAAAAUUCAAACAAAUCGGCCGUAUCUCUGGGCGCCCAUCCAGGAUUCGAAGGUGCCGGCGUCGACCAGUUGCUUCCUUGUGGACGAAGACAUUCUUGCUCUCGAGGACGCGACGGAAUCAAACUCGGAGCAGGUCGUAAUCACUCAGCUGACGGUUGGACCUGAGUGGGACGCUUGCUAAUGGUCAUGGUAGAGCUGCGGGUUUAUUCUGGCGCGUAAUGGGUCCCAUCCGUUGUCAGCCUGUGUAUGCUUUCCUCUAGGUGUUACAUUGGAUGGACCCGCACCUGGACGCAUUUCUACCGUGCGUGUAGCGUCAU